AUGAAAUUCGCUUCCAUUGCUACAGUCUUGACCUUGAUCUCGGUGAUUCAAGCUCAAAAUGUCACUUCUUCAUCAGCCUCUAAGCCUGCUACUUCAUCUGCUGUGGCAGGAAACGGCACAUCCACAUCCACAUCUUCUACUCCAGGCCAAUUGAGCAGUGGCUAUCCUACAGAUGGAGCAAAGCCUGUUCCUAAACCUGAAUGGUUGGACCUGAUCAAAAAUGCAAACAUCACCAAUGCUCCUGUAUUAAAGAGCAAUGGCGACAAUGGACCAAGCACUAGUGGUGCUGACAAUUAUUGCGAUUGGGCUAAAUCUGGCUGCAUGGGCACUAGUAUUGGCGAUUGUCCUAAAGGCAUGUGGGGUCUUACUUAUGAUGAUGGACCAUCUGAAUUCUCUCCCAUCUUGUACGAUUUCCUCAAGACUACAAAUCAAAAGGCUACAUUAUUCAUGAUCGGUGCCAAUGCCAUCAAAUACCCUGCUACCGUGAAGCGUGCUUACGACGAAGGUCAUGAGAUUGCCAUCCAUACCUGGACUCAUAGCUACAUGACUACCCUUACAAAUGAACAGAUUGUCGCAGAACUCAAAUGGACCGAAUUGGCCAUCAAAGAGAUUACUGGCGUGUCUCCUAGAUUGUUCAGACCUCCUUACGGUGAUAUCGAUAACCGUGUUAGGGACAUUGGUACCGCUCUUGGUUUUACCUCUGUUAUUUGGGAUCAUGAUACCAAUGAUUGGAUGCUUGGUGAAAAUGCUCCUGGUUUCAAGGCUGAAUGGAUUGAUGGUAACUUUACUAAAUGGAUUGCCGAAGCUGCCACUGCUACAACUGGCGGUCUCUCCCUCGAACACGACAUCCAGAAGGUUACUGUGGAUGCCGCCAUCAAAAACUUGCCCGCUCUUCAAAAGGCUUACAAGGUUGUUACCGUUGGCCAAUGUGCUGGUAUUCCUUCUUACAAGGAAGGCAACGCUACAUUACCUAUCAACAGCACCGCAAUCAGUUCAUCUGCUGUUCCAUCUGCUACCUCCAGUGUUCAUGUCACCCCUGCUGCACCUACUACCACGCAAGCCAGAGCCUCCAAUGUAAACAAUGUCAGUACAAGUGCUGCUAUGCGUAGCACAUCAACCUUCUCAUCCUCUGUCAUGUUGGUCUCUUCUGCAGCUGUAUUCAUGUUUACGUUAUACUUGAUUUAA